CGUCUCGCUGCUAGUCACAGUAUGGCCGGCGACAUUAGCUAGCGCUCGCUGCACGCAAUUCUCUGUGUAGAGGGAUCGGAUUGGGGGCAACUACAAAACAUUAUAUAUAUAUAUAUAUAUAAAAAAACAUCAAACAAAAAAAAUCUUUUUUUUGAAAAAAAUAGGGAAGCAAAGCAGAAACCGGACCGCUCAAGAACCCACUAAAACAGAGCAAUUGACACUAACUUAUUAAGCUUUUUACCAGAGAGAGGGGAAAAAAAGGGGGGGAGGUUUUUUUUUAAAAAGAGAAAAUAGAAUUUGUAGGAGGGAAAGGAGAGAGGAGGGGGGGGGAGUUUUUCUUUCCUCUCUCUCUCGUUUGUUUCACGAUGGAAAACGGUGCACACUUUUUCGAAGGGACCGAGAAGCUGUUGGAGGUGUGGUUCUCUCGGCAGCAGGAUCUGUGCACGGGAUCGGGAGACCUCCGGACCAUUCCAAGGUUUGAGUGGGACAAGCUAUUGGAAAAUGUGCAUUGUUUGAUCAUAAGUGUGACAAAGACGGACAGGCAGGAAGCCUAUAUACUCAGUGAGAGUAGCAUGUUUGUCUCCAAGAGACGUUUCAUUUUGAAGACAUGCGGUACCACCCUCUUACUGCAAGCACUGGAACCCCUGUUGGAACUUGCUCGUGAGUACUGCGGCUUUGAUUCCAUUCAGGAUUUUUUCUAUUCCCGCAAAAACUUUGUGAAGCCAGCACAUCAGGAAUACCCACAUAGGAACUUUCAGGAGGAGGUAGAAUUUCUGGAUAUGGUGUUCCCAAAUGGGGCGGCCUAUUGCAUGGGACGUAUGAAUUCUGAUUGCUGGUAUCUUUACACUCUGGAUAUGCCAGAGGAUAGUGGGAUCAAACAGCCGGAUCAGACACUUGAGGUUCUGAUGAGCGAGCUUGAUCCAGUUGUCAUGGACCAGUUCUUCAUGAAAGAUGGUGUUACUGUAAAUGAUGUCACUCGAAUGAGUGGAAUUCGUGACCUGAUACCAGGUUCAGUCAUUGACGCCACAUUGUUCGAUCCUUGUGGGUAUUCAAUGAAUGGAAUGAAAGUGGAUGGAACUUACUGGACAAUUCAUAUCACCCCAGAGCCAGACUUCUCCUAUGUUAGUUUUGAGACUAACCUGGCCCAGACUUCUUACGAUGACCUAAUCAAAAAAGUUGUAGACGUCUUCAAGCCAGGGAAAUUUGUCACAACCCUUUUUGUUAACCAGAAUUCCAAAUGUCGCAAUUCAUUUUCUUCUCCCCAGAAAAUUGAAGGAUUCAAGCGCCUCGAUCGCCAGUGUGCCCAGUUCAGUGAUUACAAUUUUGUCUUUUCUAGUUAUGUCAAGAAUUGUCAGAGACAGCAGAGUUGAUUAGCAAAGAUGAAAAAACGUAAAAAAAUGUGCAACGUAAAUGGUGGCUGUCGUCUAGUUCAGGGUAGUAAGGGCCAAACUUCACACUGCCACCAUUUCAUCAAUUUUGUAGGCCCUGUAUGUAACCACAAUAGAAUUGUGUCAAGUUUGAAAUGUAACCGUUCUUGUAACAAAGACUUGGAUAUCUUGCAUGGAUGCUCUUUUCUCUGUUUAGUUAUGCUAGGUCAUUCUUGCUGUGAUAUUGAAAUGCAUGUAGAGCAGUUUGGUGCUUAUUGUUUACAAUUAUAUAACAGUUGCAAGUUUAGAAAUGUACGGUGUAUAGGUUUUCUACAAGUGACGCCAAAAAUUCUCCACAGACAAGGUUUCCGGCCUCAUUAGGUGAGGACCCUGGCAUGUUUAGAGCAGUUUGUUUGCUUGUUUCCUUUCUGUCAGAUGUCAUUAAAGAAUCAGAAGUUCUUCAUUUGUUCAUGUUGAUUUACGCCCGAACUGCACUGGGCAAUUUGUCAGGAAUUUGAGCAGACGCCUAAUAUGACUAGUAUAUUGUUGUGUUGGGAUUCUUAUUUAACUUUAAUUCUUUAGCAAGCUAGUUUCUCACAGAAAAAGUAGAUUUCAUGAAUUGAGGUAUUCAUUGGCUGAAAACACUGCUGCACAUUCUACUUUAAGCAUGCCAGGGAUCACCCACUUCAAUUGUUUUGUCUGAUUUUCCCCAUUUAAAAAUGAAUAGGCUGUAUAUAAACUAUGAGUUCAGUUACAAUCCCUUUUAAGUAACCAUAGUUCAUAUAUUGAGAACAUCCCAUGACAUCUUGUGUAUUUCUUGCUGCGUCACUUAGCACAAUAUUGUUAGUUUGUUAGGGAGUGUGCAGAUAGUAUGGACAGUAGAAAUGCCAUGUCCAUAAAACAUAAUCAGUGUAAUGGGGUGUUAAUUAUAGGUGUUAAAAAUACCUUAAGUUUUAGUUCAUUGCUACUGAUUUUUGGAGAUUUGGGCUAGCUUGUUUUAGCAUGGGUUUUUGAGUUUCAAUAAGUAUGCAUAGGAACAUGAUAUGGCAUUUUUCCCACAAAUGUUUGAACAGUCUUGGUUGGGUGGUACCAUUUAAUUACAAAUCUUUGUUGAAAUACUUGGUAUAUUUUGCCAUGUUUAUUAAUUAUAAGGUUCCAUUUAUAAACUAAAAUGUAUUUGCAGUGAUCACUAUGACAUUGAAAAAUAAUCCAUCAAGACUGCAAGCUUGCUUUUGGACCAAUCAUCCUUUAUUAAUAAAGGCAUUGUAUUCUUCAAUGUUGAGGUUGUGGGCAUGUCCAUGGCCUUCCAUUACCAAAAUGUUUUAUUCCAUUUUGAUAUAGAUUAAGCUGUUUAUACCUACUGUGGUUAACUGAAACAGUUGUUACCAUUUUAAAAAACAGUAUUUGAGUACUGAUUUGUAGCCUUUACUGUGAAAGAUGAACUUAUUUGCUCAUUACUUUUCAUUCUAUCUGUUAAGGGGGAAAUUUUGGCGCCAUUGGAACUUUGUUGCCAAGUUGUUUAAAAUAUUUUAAUUCGAUUUCUGAAAUCUUUUGUCUAUACUGCAAACAAAAUGCUUCAAUAAAAUAAAGAUUUAUGGAA